AUGCACUCGAUGACCAACCAAAAGAAUCAACAACUGCAGGUGGAUACGAGACCUCUGGCGAGAUAUCUCGAGGAGACGUUCCAUGCUCAAUAUGUGGAAGAUAUGUUUGAUCCAAUGUCUCAAGAUUCUAGUCAUUGUUUUGAUUUGGUCUUUCGAUGCAACGAUGAGGUCAAUGAUCAUGCCUAUCCAUCAUUUGAUGAAAACUUUCAUGAAAGAAAUAUAGCUGCAGACCAUAGCUAUGGUAGUAAUGGUAGUGCAACCACCACCGCCACAAUAGGACAAUCAAAGAACAAAAUGAUGAUCCAUCAAUAUUCUGCCAUCUAUGUGCACAAAUUCUUCGUCAUGGCUCGUUCGGAUUAUGUGAGGAAGUUGUUGAAAGGACAUCAUCAUGAUUCACAAUACAGUGAUGAUAAGGACAGGGAAAUUCUUAGAAAGACCACACGAUCAAUAUCUGAAGUGAUGGUUCAUUCAGAAACUCUAAAAUGGCUUUCUUUGCAUAUUAAUGCUUUAUAUAGAAAUACAACCAGUCAUUUGUUGAAUUCUCAGUGGUUUGAGGAAGCACAACUUGUCGAAAUGAUCGACAGGAGAAAGGUGUUCAGUGAAGGUGUUGAACAAUUUGCAAAUUGUGUGCAAGCAAUUUUCCAUGUCGUUUCUGAGUUCAAUCGAAUUCAACAAGGAACCAAAAAUGGAAAUGAAAAGCAACCACCACCACAGCUUGCGCCCAAAUAUUCCUUUUUGAAAGACACAUUCGACUUGACCAUUCAAUUGUAUAAUCCAUACUGUGUGGAAGAAUUGAUGAAAGAAUAUCGAGUUCACAAAUUAUUUCUCUUUCGAUCACCAUUCAUGAAAAAGAUCCUGCAAAGUGGAAUGAACGAAACUCAAACGAAUAUUGUGAAGUUUCACACCAUUUCUGUUGAGGGUUUUAAUCAUGUCUUGCAAUAUCUCUAUACCCAGCAUUGCAACGUUCCGCGCGAGCAUGUUGUGGAAAUUUACGUCUUUGCACAAUUAAUGGAAUUAUCCGACUUGUCAUCUGUGUGUGUCAAACUUGUAACCAAAAUGAUCGAUAAGGACAAUGUCUUUGAUGUGUUAAGUCUUGAAGAAUUGUCAUCAAUUCCAUCCAUUCUUGAAGCAUCUUCGACUCUUCCAAAAUUUGAAUUAUUACUCAAGCCCAGAGUUCAUCAAAAGAUUGCGUUCUAUCUGGCCAAUGCCUAUGAAUCCAUUCCUUCUGAAGUGUACGGUGAAUUGUCAGUGGAUAUUCGAAUGAAAGUUCAGAAAAUUCGAAAAAAGAAAUUAUUGAGUAAGAAAUAG